ACAAAAUUGACAGUUAAAAUUGUCAAAUUGAUAUUUUAUAGUUUCUUGUUAUCAAAAUUUUAAUUUUUAAGAGAAAUAAAAAAUGGAAGACGAUACUUGUGAACAUCACCCAAGGUAUCUUAAUCAAAUAAAAUCUAAGAUCCAGCCAGGAGAUGAAAAAUAUACUACUAGCACUUUAAUUAGAGAUGAAUUAGAUUAUGCUUCUAAUUAUAGAGCUGUCCAAAAGAGAAUACCAAGGAAAGAGGUAUAUCCAAAGAAUCGUCCCUUUGAACUACCUUUUGAAUUAUGCCGUUUAAGACAAUUGCAAAAAAGAAAAAAAAAGAAAGGUGACCAUGUGGAGAAGCUUACUAAAAAACCUACAAUGCUAGAAAGAAGUAUAAUGACCCAGGAUGAAUAUAUGAGAUGGUUGGCAAUGCCGAAUAUUAGAAAAAAAAUAUCUGAUACUAAACCAAAAAAAGUAAAAAGAUGUCAAAUGUCGCCUUGUCCACCACGAUGUGUUCAGCUGUCUGCACCUCCGAAGCGAAGAGUUCUGUCUACUUGGAUUGAAUACCAAAAUAAACUUCCAGCUGAAGUAUUACUAAGGUUUCAACAAAUGUUGCACACUGAUCAGAAUCUAAAACUAAGGGAUGCUGAUUAUUAUUAUAAAAAAAUAGACAAAAGAAAAAGACGAUUGGCAAAAAGAAAAAAACGUUUACGUCUCAAACGAAAACUAAAUAAAGAGAGGGGCAAAUAUGCAUGGAUUGACGAAAAUAUUUUCGAAACAACUAGAGCCAUUCUGGAGUACCUUCGGCAAGAACCGCUGUAUUCAUUAAAUUAUAAACAACUAUUAUUAUCAGAUCAAAUUUUAAAUAUAUUAGAUGAGAAAAAUGUAUUAUCCAAACCAUCAAGAACAAGCAAAAAUACUUAUCAGAAAUCUUUUAUUGAGACUAGCGAUAAAUUAGCUGUGUGGAUGGAUACUCUAACAAAAUUCGUUGAUGUGCAAGCAGUUGAAAGUGCCGAAGAUAUUCCUCCUAUUACAAUAUCUACUUUAAUGCCAGAAGAGGAAGAAGAAGAAGAAAUAGAAGAAGAAGUAGAGGAGGCGGAAGAAGGAGAAGACGAGUUUAUAACUGAAGAAGAGGAAGAAUAUGAAGAAAGUAUAAAAGUAGAAUACGAAGAUGGUAGGGAAAUAGAAAAGGAAUAUGAACGGGAAGAAAUAAUGGAAGAAAGAGAACACAUCAGUGAAAUAGAAGCAGAAGAUGGAGCGGAAGGAAUGAUUUACGAAAAAGAGGAAGGAUUUGAGGAAGGAAUGGCUGAAGUUGAUGAAAAAAUAGAUCUUCAAGAAUUUGGCGAAGAGGGAGAUGCUGAUUUCGACGAAAAAAAGGAAGGAGGACUCAUCCCACCGACAGACGAAGAAAAGCUAUUAGAGGAAGAAGCACAAUUAGGUCCGCUAGAUACCGGCGAAGAAUAUGGCGAAGAAUACAUAGGCAAAUUACCCGAUGGCCAGGAAAAAGAGAUGGAUUUGGAUUUGUUACGAGCGCUGAUACAAAUAUACGAAGAACGAAGUCCUUCAGAUUACUUAAGAAGCCAGGUAGAACAUUUCCCAGGUUAUACCUACGAAGAAAUUCUUAGAAAAAUGAAAGCUAUAACACUGGAAAAGGAAGGUCCGAAAAAAUCAAAACUUGAAGAAGCUAUGAUUCAAUGGCUUAGAGAUGUUGCUCCAGAUGAGGUCAAUGAGCGGACUCUAAAAGCCAUACAUGAAUAUGCCUGUGCUCUAUUAGAUGAACUUAAAAAACGAGGAUUUAGUGAAGAUGACAUCGAUAAACUGGGGACGAUCGUUGAUGCAGAAGAUGCAGGUCUCGACGUUGUUAGAGAGAUGGAAGAAAUUAUCAAACACGGAGAAGCUGAAGGUCAAGAACAGAUAGACACGUUGUAUCCUCUAGAAGAAGAAGGUUUUGAACAAAUGGAAAUAUCUGAAGGAGAAACCCAGAUUACAAUAGACACGCAGCUUAUAGAUGACAAAGACAAGAAAAUGGGUGAAUAUAUUUAUGGACAUAAACCCACCGUUAUUAGAGAACAUUGCCUAGAUGCUAUUUGUUGUCUCUCGCUAAAGAUUUGGGCUGUAUGGUUAUUAGAAGUUAUACACAACGCUCAUACAUGGACGAAAUGGAUGCAUGAAAUAAUUGGAAAUGUUAGAAGUUAUGCCAGCAUUGUUAGAGGUGACGUGAAAGACGCUAAUGGAAAAAGCAAAGUUCUGCUAAAAUCAGAAUGGGAAAAGUUUGUGAAAGGAACAGAGAAAAAAGUUAUUGCAUGGAGGCAAUACAGCGCCCAUGUAAACGAACUGUCAGACGAGAUUAUUGAAAACUUUAGGAAUAAAGAAGUUUACUGUUGUCCAAAAUGUUUGCAGGACCAUCUCAUUAAAAAUGUAGUUACUGCCCACAAUACAUUUGCAGCCUUAACAGAAGCUAUGCAGUGUGCACAAUAUUGGCGUCGGUGUUUGGAUGACUUGGUAGAAACAACAGCUUCUAUUACAGUUCCAAAAGAAAUGGAAAAAGUCAGUAGCAGUAGUGAAGAAUCAUUAGAAGCAGAUGAAAUUGAAGAAUUAAGUAUUGAGAGUUCUUCUGACUCCGACGAUGACGACGAAUCUAUUUAUGAAUUGGAAGAAAUUCGGAGAUAAAGUCAAGCCAGAUAUGAUAAAUAUUUAUUUUCAA